UAGGAGGGUAAGAGGUGAAUAUAACUCGCUUCGGCGUUCUAAAAUAUCUGCUGCUGCGCUUUUUGAGCUUUUCCGUCCACCUCUCGCGUCGUCUCCAUGGGUGAAGAACCUGGCGGCGCCGCCCCCGGGUCGGAGAAGGCCGCGGAGACGGCGGUACGGCUGGUCGACGAAGAGCGGCGGGCCGCUCUGCUGCGGCGCAUAACGGAGGAGGGCGGAUUUGCAUACGUGAGCUCUGCGGAGAAGGCGGCCGGCGGCGAUCUCCGGGCAGCGGAGGCGGCGCGGGAGAUGGCGUGGGAGCAGCUCCACUCCGGGCCCUGGCACGAGGUUGUCCCCGCGUGGCGGGAAGCCUACGCGAUGGCGUGCCUCCACGUGGCGGAGCUCCGGGCCGGGGCCGGCGAACGGAAAGAAGCCCUACGGGCGCUUGACAUGGGCCUAAUCAUGGGUGGGCCGCUACUCCGGCGUGACCUCGACGCGGCCGUGGAGAGGAUCGCGGCCGGGAAGGGCUCCGAGAACGAUGCGGCCGCCAACGUUGGGGAUUGUGCCGACAAGUGGUGGGAGGGAAUCUCUAAGAACCGAGACUUGGCAGAGGCACUUUCCAUUCUGCCAAGCAGAUCGCUAUCCUGUAAGAAAGUCGAAAAGCAAUCAUCCCUUUCUUUGGAGACAUUCAUAUAUGAUUACUUUUUACGUGAUUCUCCAGUCAUAAUCAGUGGCUGCAUUGAUCAUUGGCCAGCAAUGACGAGGUGGAAAGACAUUGAAUACUUAAAGAGGGUAGCAGGAGAUCGAACUGUUCCCAUUGAGGUUGGCAAAAACUAUCUCUGCUCUGAGUGGAAGCAAGAGCUGAUUACCUUCUCUCAGUUUCUUGAGAGGAUUCAAUCAACUAACUGCCCUGCCAACUUGCCAUACCUAGCUCAGCAUCCAGUGUUUGAUCAGAUUCGAGAGCUACGUGAUGACAUAAUGAUUCCAGAUUACUGCUUUGCUGGUGGCGGCGAACUCCGGUCUCUUAAUGCUUGGUUUGGUCCACUUGGUACAGUGACACCCUUGCACCAUGAUCCUCAUCAUAAUCUUUUUGCUCAGGUUGUUGGCAGAAAAUACAUAAGACUUUAUCCAGCUUCAGCAUCAGAGAAUUUGUAUCCGCAUGCGGAAUCCAUGCUUAGCAAUUCCAGCCAGGUUGACCUUGACAACAUUGACUACCAAGAAUUCCCAAAGGUGGAAGGUCUGGAUUUCAUUGAUUGUGUCCUCGAGGAAGGUGAAAUGCUUUACAUUCCACCCAAAUGGUGGCAUUAUGUGAGAUCACUUUCGACAAGUUUCUCUGUCAGUUUUUGGUGGAGUGCAACAGCCAGCUCUCUCCAAGGCACAUAGUACUAAUCUUUGUUAUUCCACAACCAUUUAUUGACUAGGGUGGGAUGGUAGAGAAUGAUAGAAGCACAGGAUGCAUGCUCCUUCCCAUUUAGAUACACAAAAGGGCCCACUAUUUGGGAUCCACCAUUACAGGAUUUAGUGUUAUCGUAGGAUGGAAGUCUUAUAACAAACCAAAGCAUAUACUAUCACAUUUUUGUGGCAUUGAAGUAGAACAGCAUUGCUACUGUAACUGUUCUAAAUCGGCAGUGAUACAGGUUCCUUGUUCUUGUCUAUUUGGUCAUCAUGUAUCAACUGAUCCACUUAUACUAGGGGUUUCUUGUAAUCUUUUUAACCAUUCAACAUGGUUCUACUCCGAUUAUUGUGAUAUGCAGAUGAAACAUGAUUGAUUGCUA